AUGAGUCUUCCGGACAAGAUGCCUACAAAGGAAAUGGCUUUGAUCAUACCCCCGAGCCUGCAAAGUAGAUAUGAGCGAUGGCUAAAAGGCUAUCCAAAACCACUUAGUCCAAAGGAUCCAAAGACUAUGCUGGACUUGUAUGAGGAAGAAUUUAUGUUCAGGGAGUAUACCAAUGAACUAGAAACUGAUGACUUAAAAGAUCAGAACUUUCCUGAACCGUUUAGUGAAGACUGGAUAAAAGGCUCCCAAGGUCAUCUAAUUCUAUCUCCUUCUUAUGAAAUAGAAGCUACUCAAUCACAAAUUAGCAUUAAUAGAACUGUACAUAAUCUGGGUGAGAUGUCUGUAAAUUCUGAAUAUGGGAAAGAUUUUGAAAAUAAUGCUAAUCUUUCUGUGCACAAAGAAAUUCAGAAAGAUGAAUGGUCAUUUUUAUGUUCUGAAAGUUCAGAAUGUGGAAAGUGUUUAAGUAAGAAUUCAAGUCUUGGGGUGCAUCAGAGAAUUCACACAGGAGAGAAGCCAUUUUCAUGUCCUGAAUGUGGGAAAUAUUUCAAUGAGAAAUCAAGACUUGUGAAACAUCUGAGAGCUCACACAGGAGAGAAGCCAUAUUCAUGUCCUGAAUGUGGAAAAUGUUUUAAUCAGAAAGCACAUCUUAAUGCACAUCUGAGAGCUCACACAAGAGAGAAACCAUAUUCAUGUCCUGAAUGUGAGAAAUGUUUUAAUCAGAAAGCACAUCUUGAUAAACAUCUGAGAACUCACACAGGAGAGAAACCAUAUUCAUGUCCCGAAUGUGAGAAAUGUUUUGCUUAUGAAUCAGCUUAUAAAAGACAUCAGAAAAUUCAUACAGGAGAGAAAACAUUUCUAUGUCCUGAAUGUGAGAAAUGUUUUAAUCGGAAAGAUCAUCUUGAUAAACAUCUGAGAAUUCAUACAGGAGAGAAACCAUUUUCAUGCACUGAAUGUGGAAAGUGUUUUACUGAGAAAUCAAAUUUUGUGAGACACCUGAUAAGUCACACAAGAGAGAAGCCUAUUUAA